UCACCUGGCAGUUUAAUCAGGCCUUUCUGUUCUUGAGUUACAGGUUUGCAUCCUGAACUAAAACCUCUUUACAUUCAUGAAGACGCCUCUCAUACUUAUCUAACAAUGAGCUUAAUUUGCAUAGCUAGAGUUUCUGUCAAAUUCAAAACUCCAGAACUUUUACUGCUUCACCAUAAAUCCACUCUGGUGGAUGUAACUGUCUUAACUAGAUAUGAACCCAACUAUGAUGCUGUUUUAACACAUUUUUAAUACUUUUUCAAAUUCUGUAAAAUUCAUAUUUCAAACCAUGGUCUCAGAUGACAGAUUGAAUUAAUUUUUUAAUUCUUUGCGGUGUUAGACCCACUGAAAUGUAGACUGGAGGACAAAAACCUGUUCCUUCCUUGGUGUCACCUCCCCAUGCCUACUGCUGCUGCUGCUGCUGCUGCUGCUUCUGACUGACCUGUUGGGAGAGGCAGAACACAUCACCCCCCCUUUCCUCUCCCUAGCCAAACCAUUAGCCAUGAAUUAUGGUGCUGCUACCAUCACGGCCAAUUGUCUGGAUGAAAAGCAGGCUCUGCCUCACUUACCGAUCUGAGCUUUUGCCUCAACAGCAGGUUCCCGAUCAUAGUUUCCGAUCAUCCCCUUGGCUCAGGUCAAAGCAGGGCAACUGGUGGAUUUAUGGACAGAGGCAAGGAGAGACAGAAGGAGGGAGAGAGAGAGACAGAGAGGGAGGGAGGGAGAGCAGAAAGCAGUAUCUGUUAACAGGAAAACUCCUAACGUAUCACUUGGGAAACCCGCAAGCAGAUGUGGUGGCGGAGUGAUGCAGGGACUGGACAGAGAGGCAAAUUAGCAGACACAGCACACAGGGCAGAGGCUUAAUUUUACAGAAAAGAUGGUGGGGCUGAGAAACCGCUCUACAUGGGAACCACUGCUACUCAAAGCCUCCUGCAUCAAAUCUUGUGCUAAUGGUUGCUCCAUGGGCGUCACUGCGCACCUUACCUAUGCCAAUGCUGACAUAGAGUCUGUAGAAGGUGUGUUCAUAUACCCUCUCGGUGAAAAGGAGGUUGUGGUGGGCUUUGAAGCCGUGAUCGCAGGCCGGUUGGUUGGGGUCCAGAUCCAAAGCCGAGGAAAGUUAAAGGACUGCUGUUUGGAUUGCUGCCCUGGAGUCGGUCUUGAAGGGAAUGGCCUGGAGUGGGGCUGCUGUGGGAGCCCCAGUCUAGACAUGCAAUGCACCAACGGACAUCUGAUCCUGGAUGAGGACCUGGAGAGAACCACUUUCAUCGUGGGCACCGGAGUCAUUGGCCCCAUGGAUAUAGUGUCGAUCAUCAUAAGCACGACACUAGAACUUCCCACAUUAGAAAACGGAGCCAUUCGGAUCGUCUACCCCACACUCCUUACCCCGCUUGUCACUGGGAAAAUGACUCCAAGCAAGAGUGAAAGUGGGGGGAAGUCUGAUGAAACUGGGGCGACCAGUUGUUUUGGUGCCACCUCAGGAAAACAAGAUCGGAUCGUGCACUCUCAGCAGCAGUGUGCGCACGCCAUCUUCACCAGCCCAGCUGUCAACCUGGCACCUUAUGAGCUGAACUUCCAGCUGCUGGUCAAAGGGGCCUGUCUGCUGGCUGGACUGGAGAGCCCUACUCACGCUCUGAGGGCAGAUGCAGAUCCAAGUGCCCAAAGUGCCUCUGCCACCUACAUCACCUUGGCACAGGAGCAUCCCUAUGACAGACACAUAGAGAUUAUUUUGCACCUCAGCGAACCUCACAGCCCAUUGGUCAUCUUAGAGAGAGGCAGGCUCUCCUUCAGCCAAUAUGAACAGCAAAUCUGCUCCCGUCGAGAUUUCAUCCGAUGCACCCGCAAGGAUUCAGAACCUGAAAGAAAGCUGGAGUUUGUCAGGAAGCGAUACCACAAAGACAUUCUGUGCAGCCCAGUGUUGAUGCUCAAUUUCUGCCCCGACUUGCUGCGUGAACCUCUGGAAGUGCACAAAGCCACCAGGGAGCUGCUGUUUCUCAUUGAUCGCAGUGGCAGCAUGAGUGGCGCCAACAUCCAGCGUGUGAAAGAAGCCAUGGUGGUGGCACUCAAGAGUCUACCUUCUGGCACAAUGCUCAACAUUGUGGGAUUUGGUACCACCAUCAAGCCCCUGUUCACCUCCAGCAAGCUUUGCACUGAUGUCACACUAACUCAGGCCUACGAGUACGUCCAGAGGAUGAGAGCUGACAUGCGAGGCACCAACCUGCUGGGGGCGCUCUUCUGGGUCUAUCAACAGCCCAUGCAGCGCUCGUACCCUCGCCAGGUCUUUAUUAUUACAGAUGGAUCCAUCAGCAAUGUAGCUAGAAUGCUGGAGCUAGUACGCAGAAACGCGUGUGCUGGCAGAUGCUUUGGCCUAGGCCUUGGUCCACGAGCCUGCAGGAGACUCCUGCAGGGCGUUGCCAAACUGACAGGAGGGACUACAGAGUUCUUGGAUGAUGAGGAGAGACUCCAGCCCAAGUUAAUCAAGUCCCUGAAGAAGGCCUUUGAACCUGUUCUGACUGACGUACGGAUCGACUGGUAUCUGCCAGAAAACAUGGAGGCUCUUCUUACGCCCAAUGAAAUCCCUCCACUCUACCCCGGGAAUCGCCUCAUAGGAUACUGCACGCUUUACGACAUGACCAGUUUCAAAGCAAAAAAGGCAGAGGAACAGAGCUACAAAGAUUUACUUCGUGGUUCUACGGGUUCAGUUUUUGGCCAGUCGAACGAUGAGCUUUCACCUCCCCCUGCCUCUGAGCUCAUGCCUGUGGUGACAUGUGCAGAUGGCACUGAGUUGGAGGAAGCACUGAGGGAAAUUUCUAGAGAGAUCUCCUCUGAGUUCUCCUGUGCCAAAGACACAGACACAGGCACCAGUCCAGGUGUGGAGUUGGACUGGUCCAGCGAUGUGAGGAAGAGGAUCCAGGAGAGCUCUUACAUUCAGGAGCAGUACGUCCUCACUCGCUGCUCACUCAGCAGUGAACGAAGUCUACAAACGCAGUCCCACUCACACAUACAUGCCUCAAAUUCUGACGGGGCCUUUCUCUCCAGCUCUCACUGUUCUGGUCCAGUGCUCGAUACAGGGUCUCUGCCCCAAGGCCUCGAGAAGAUGCCCCCUCCAGAACAGAGAUCAUCCCUGUCUCGCUGGGCAGACUCAUCAUGGCAGCAAGACCUUUCAGGCAAAACCCCAGACAGUGGGACCAAAAAAAACGGGUGUCUGGAUGGAGCUGAGGAGUCUCGUAGGAGACAAAAAGCUCUAGCACGUUCGACGAUGGCAGCGCGAAGUUUUUCGUCCCCCCAGGGUGAAUUAGAGAUGCAUCGGCUGAGAAGGGCUCUGGAGAGGGUCUCCUUUGACCAAACACUGGGAGGGAAGCUGGAAGAAAGUGACGGGGAGACAAAGCCAACACCACGAGGAACAGUGUCCCACAGAAGCCUCACCGACUCCAAUGGACUCUUGUUUCCUGCCUCCCCUCUGGACUGGGACAGCUUCACAGAUCCAGAGUAUCUCUUCACUGCUGUCCCACCUGACAGUCCUCCCCCAGGCCAGUGCCGUUCCCUUAUUCAUGGUGUCCUGGGUGGCAGGCCUGUGUCCUGGGAGGUCACUGUAGACCUGGGGCACCUCUGGACCCCUGAGAGUCAGGACAUUGAAGUAAGUGGGGUAUAUGGAAGGGGAGGUGAAGAAGGAAGAGGAGGGAAAUCGUGGCAGGAGAUCAUUCACCAACUGACCGCUCGCUCAGUUAUAAGAGACUUUGAGAAAAUGGCAGAGAAAGAGAGCGACAUUGGACAUGGCUCAGCGAAGCGAUAUCGUACAAAGGCUAUCCAGACAAGUAAGCACUGUAACAUCAUCUGUAUGUACACAGCCUUCACUACCACUGACAGCAAUCCCAACAAAGGCUUGGCUGACACGGAUGUGCAAACCACAGGGCUACAUUUGGGAAACAGGCAGACUUUUCAGUCAGGCAUUCGUAGGCAGAGGACUUAUUCUGUAGGUCUGGGCAGACGGCACACCACUGGAGGCAGUGCAGAGGUGGAAGACACCUGGAACUCUACAGACAGAGAUGACACUCCUGCCUCACCCUGUAGUGUAACAUCCUGGGACUCUAGUGUAGGGGGCAGCUCCUACUACACUACAGCCAUGGCAACAGGCACCUCGAGCACUCGCUCACAGCGAUCUAUAGAGAGCAAGUCAAUGGAGAGCUUCUUUGGCACCAGGUUCCCCCUGGGCAGGCUCAGGUCCUCCAUUUCAUCAGGAAAGCAGGUGCCUCUCAAGUCCCACUGCUUAUCUGCCGAGACCGAGAAACAACCUGAAAGUGAAGCUCCAGACUACCUGCCCCUGGUUCGUCUGCAGCUGGCAUCAGGAGCUUUUCUUCUGACUGAGAUCUACUCUGACUGUGUCCAGAUUCCUCUGGACCGCCUUAAAAGAGCAUCGCCAUACAGUCUCCACCGCCGUAGUCUCAGCCCAGCCUUACGCUGCACAUCUCCCAGUGCUCCAUCCUUGUCCACUACUGCCAAACCUCCUGGUGCUCCCUCUGGUCACCACGUUACCUUCUCUCCUUCCGCUUGCUCCUUUGUCAGACCAGCCAUUCCACCUUUCCACCACACUCCAGAUGAUACUCCCCUAAUUUUGGAAUCGAAGCUUCGCCGAAGAUACCUCUCUGACCAAGACCCUGUCACCUCUCCCACUGACCUCCCCAGCUCUGAAGAGGGUUCUUUGGAGUUAUCCGUCAGCCCCUUUCAGAACCAGAACCUCGGCCAAGCAGACAGUGGCCGUGGGUCAGAGACAGAUAUAUAUGAAGGCGCUACACCUGAGCAAGCUUACCUCCAAGGGAGCAGCCAGUUGGCACAAGAGGAUCUGGAGGGCUCAACUUGGGCCACAGCUGUGGCCCUAGCGUGGCUAGAGCACCGGUGUGCUGGCUACUUUAUGGAGUGGGAACUGGUAGCAGCAAAAGCAGACUCAUGGCUGCGCUGUCAGAAGCUGCCCGAGGGACUGGACAUGGCAGGGCUUAAGGGAGCAGCCAGACAGCUGUUCCUGCUGCUGCGCCACUGGGAUGAGAACAUUCAGCUGAACAUGCUGUGUUAUAACCCCAAUAAUAUGUGAGACAAUCAUCUCAGAGGAAACCAAGCCAACUCUGAUUGUUAGCAUUCUCACCAUUUCCCAAUGAUAGUGACUCUAAAUGCCUUUACAUGGAAAAAUCCUGUUUUAUUAACUUAGGCAGUGCCAAGUUCAUUCUAAUACUACAUGGCAUAGACCAGGGGGCCUUUUAUGAUCUGUGUGCUUUAUGCAAUCACAAAUAUGCCUUUACCAUCUGAAUGGGCUUUUUGUAGUCUAGCUUUUAGUUUGCAGCCAGUAUAAUAUACUACUAUACCAAAUAUGUAAUCACAGUUACUGUCAAAUGAAGAUUUUGAUUAUCAAGAUGAUUAUUUGAUAAAUUAAACAAAGAUGAGCUUUAAACAGUGAAAUGAUUAUUGGUUAAAAAUAAUAAAAAACACACUAAAAUUCAACCAUUUGUUGUAUUGUGUAACAAUGAAGACCACACGCGUUUAGUAAAAUCCAUUUGCAGUUUCAGUCUACUGCAUGUUUCUCACAUUAAAUCCAUCUAUGAGUGCGGCCACUCACACCAGAGGAUGACAAGUUACAGAAAUCAGACAAACAGACUGAUUGUCCACAGCUGACUUUUACACAUUUGUGUAACAAUACAAAAAAAAAUCCCCUUCGAUAGAGAAUACUUAUGUUUCAUAACUGUGGCAGAGGAAAUGCCACAAGCUUAUGCUUGCUAUGCAGUUAUUUUAAAGCUUGGUGUUCAA